GCGGCCAUGGCGGCUGAGGGUCCCGUGAAGGAGCUGUGGAAGGAAGCCUCUUGCUCCAUCUGCCUGGACUUCUUCAGGGACCCGGUGAUCCUCACCGAGUGCGGCCACAACUUCUGCCGGGCCUGCCUGACCCGCAGCUGGAGGAAGUCGGGGACCGCCGGGCCUUCCUGCCCCCAGUGCAGAGGAACAGCUCAGCUGAAGCGCCUGAGGCCGAACCAGCAGCUGGCCAACUUUGUGGAAAUCGCCAAGAGGUUCCGCCCUUUGGAAGGGGAGGGGGCGGAAGCGAAGGGGGGAGUCUGCGAGAAGCACCAGGAGCCCCUGAAGUUCUUCUGCAAGGAGGACGAAGCCCCCCUCUGCGUGGUCUGCGGCCUGUCCCAGGAGCACAAAGAUCACGAGGUGGUUCCUCUCGAGGAGGCUUUCCAAGAGAACAAGGCGGUUGUGGCAGCCAGAAAAGGGAGAAUUUGCCAGAAGCACGAGGAGCCGCUGAAGCUCUUCUGCAAGGACGAUGAAGCCCUCAUCUGUGUGGUCUGCGACCGAUCCAAGGAGCACAGAGAUCACGAAACCCUUCCUCUCAAAGAGGCCUCCGAAGAGUACAAGAAGCAAACCACAGGAGAGAAGCAAGAGACUGUAGCCAAGUUCAGGCAACUGCACACCUUUCUGGAGGAACAAGAGAAACUUCUACUAGCCCAGAUGGAAGAGGUGGAGAAGGAGGUGGCAAAAAACAGGGACCAGCUCCUGGCCAGACUCUCUGAGGAGCUCUCCUCUCUGGAAAGCCUCAUCCGGGAGAUGGAGGAGAAGAGUCAGCAGCCAGCCGGUGAUCUCCUGCAGGAUGUCCGAAGCACCUUGCAGAGGUACGAAGAAAAGGAGAGGUUUGAGAAUCCCGUGACUUUUCCUCUUGCGUUGAAGUGGUGGAUCUGGGACUUCUGUGACAUCAAUCUCUCGCUGGAAGGUGUCAUGAAGCAGCUGAAAGACAAUCUGGAUUCUGGACUUCACCUGCAGAAAGCAAAUGUGACUCUGGAUCUAGACACAGCCCAUCCCGAACUCAUCUUGUCUGAGGACCAGAAAAGUGUGAGACUAGGAAAAAACUUUCAAGCUCUGCCCAACAGUCCUGAGAGAUUUGAUGAAUAUUCCUAUGUCCUGGGCCGUGCGGGAUUCACAGCAGGCCGCCACUUCUGGGAAGUCCUUGUGGGAAGUGAGGAAGAAUGGACAGUGGGGGUGGCCAGAAGGUCCGUGGACAGGAAGGGAGAGGUCUCCUUUGAUCCUGAGGGAGGGUUCUGGGAAGUGGGGAGAUAUGAUGGCUGCUACAACGCUUCAAUAGAUGAUGGUACCCUGACCGUGAGUGGGGAGCUCAAGAGGAUCCGGGUGUGUCUGAACUACCCUGGAGGGCGAGUGGCCUUUUUCGAUGGUGACAGAGCAGCCCUUCUCUAUGAGUUCUCUGGAGCCUCCUUCUCUGGAGAGACCCUCCUGCCCUCCUUUUGGGUAAAUUUAAAAGGCCACCUCCAACUCUGUUAAGACAGUCAUUUUGCACAUGGCCAUUAAUGAAAAUAAUAUAUCUUAAUAUUCCUGUUUUAUAGCUAUGCAAAGGUCUUCUCCAGGGCCCCAAUCAACACAGCUGUGGGGCAGAUGUGGAAUGGGGGAUUAGUGCUAAUGGAGGAAUGUUUAACCCUCCCCCGUCCCCUUUUUGUGAUGUGAAAUUUUCUCUUUUGGCCACUGUACAUUACAUGUGUUUGUAGGUAGCUGGCUUUCAAUGUGUUUAGAUGCCUGUUAGUAUUAAAGAUUUCCUGUUGCAAGUUUCACUUGAAAACAUACUUGUGGGAGGGAGUCCUGAGAAGGCUGGGUAACAUAGGCAGAUACAUCACAGCAAAUGACACACACUCACAGCAUCAGUUUCUCUUUAUUUCGGCAAAACCAUAAAGUUGGGAGGCACCUCCAGGGUCAUCUAGUCCAACCCCCUGCACAAAUAUCGAAGAGAUGACAA